ACAGUGCCAAAAAGAGAGACGCAUACAUCAUCAUCAUCAUACUCACAGACUCUGAGUGACCCUCUUGGCUCUUGCCCUCUACCCUCACCUCCCAAGCACGCCCACUGCCACACUUGUUCUUGAGAGAGAGAGAGAGAGAGAAAGCCACAGAUCUUUGAUUCUAUAGAGAGAGAAGGCCAGCUUCGAGAGAGAGAGAGAGAGAGUGUAUGUUUUAAUUCAAUAUUUGUGGGUCGAUAUAGAGAUGGAAGAGGCAAAGGCAUUGGCUCAGCAACACCAACAGCAACACCAACAGCAGCAGCAACACCAACACCAACACCAACACCAACAGAUGAUGCUACAGCAACAGCAACAGCAACAGCAGCAAUUGAUGCUCUUUCAACAGCUGCAAAAACAACAGCAGCACCAACAACAAUUACAACAGCAACAAGCGGCGGCCAUUUCGCGCUUCCCGUCGAACAUCGACGCGCACCUGCGACCGCUCCGACCCAUCAAUCUUGCGCCGAACCCUAACAACCCUAACGUCCCCAACAACCCUAACAACCACAUCGCUAAUUUGCAGCAAAGCCCUAGCAAUCCGAGCCCUCAGCAGCAGCAGCAACAGCAACAGCAGCAGCAGCAGCAACAACAACAGCAGCAGCAGCAGCAGAGUAGGGUGACCCGACCCGGGAACCAGGCGGAGCUCCAGAUGGCUUACCAGGAUGCGUGGCGGGUCUGCCACCCGGACUUCAAGCGCCCCUUCGCUUCGCUCGAGGACGCCUGCGAAAGAUUGCUGCCUUACCAUGUGGUGGCAGACUAUGAAGCAGAAGAAGAUGAUAGGAUACUCGAUUCUGACACCACAGGCCAGAUGCCUUCUCGAUCCCAACAAUGGGAUCAUAACAUAGCUGCCAAAGUUGCGGAGUUUACAGCGACAUUUGAGAAGCAGGCCCUUGCCUUCAACAUAAUAUCCCGCAAACGAGCUAUGGGGGAAUUUCGAUCUGAGGAGAGAUUGAUGAUUGAGCAGGCUCUUCUCCAAGAGGAGAAGCGAGCCAUGCUGGAAAUAAGAGCAGAGAUAGAGUCCAGAGAGAAAGCUGGUCGUGAGGCUCAUGAGGCUAAAUUGAGAAUGGCGGCCAUGGUUCAGGCAGAGCAAGCUCGGGCAGAGUCAAUGGGUCGAGGCCCGAUAAGAGCAAGUGCACUUGGGUCCCAGGGCAACGAUGUUGCAAUUGGUCAUGACAUGGGAGAGCAGGAGCAAGGAGGUAACACAGAUGAAAUGAUAAAUGGAUGGGGAAACAAUGCUCAGAGAGAUGAGAAGGAGCCGUCUGAAGAUUUCUUGAAUGAUGAAGAGACCGAAAAUGGAGAAGCAGGGAUGCAGGAUGGGUGGCGAGAAGUUGGGGAAUUUGAUUUGAACUCUAGAUGAUUCUUGAAAGGUCACUAGUGCAAAACCCGUGAUCAAGCAGCAUGUAUUUGAAUUUUUGAAGGAAAAGUGUAUCUACGACAUUGGAAAUCAGUUGGCCUGAGCUGAGUUCAAAUGUGGUUGUUGAUUCUUUGUGAUGUGUGGGCAAAUCAGGGGAAUGCUACACAUUUAAAUCCGCUCACAGGGAAGGAGGGUUGGGGUCAUUGAAGCUAUGUAAAAUGAUGUUAUUCCUGUAGGUUGGAUGAUAACUGUAUUUGUGGCUUGGCCAAGCACCAAGUCAUGGUGCAAUAGAUUUCAUGCAAAGUCUUUUGUAGUGAGAAAAUUUUAAUUAGGUUUUUUUUUGGGUCUAAUUACUAUCUUCUCUCGACAAAAGAAAGAUAAGCUCAUGGGAUUGAGAUUGUUGUUAUUAGGCUGUUCAAAUUUUUGUGAAAUUCGAAUAGUCUAAGUGGGGAGAUUGUAAGGUUCAUUUGCCUUUGGCAGAUGGGUCAUGCAUUUUAAGUUGGCCGGAACAAGUGGACCUACAGGAAUUUCGGGUAGCUUAGUAACAGGGAAUCUUUGCUUGUGGGCUAGUGUUGUUGCAUAUUAAUAGGCAGAACUGAGUGGGCGAGAGGGAGCAAAUGAUCCCUUUGGCCUGCCUAAAAUAUUUUCCCGAGUUGGCUUCCAGGUAAAUAUGACCUGAAGUAUUCACCAGGUAAAUGAUCCCUUUUGUUGUUGCUUGAUGACCAAAAUCUUCUAAAGGGAAGCGGCAUGGACGGCAAAAUUAGACAUGAUAGGUUCCUUUCAAAAGCAUCCCAAAAGUUUGAGAUCAUAAUCUGUUAUGUUACACGUCUUUUCUUUA